UACAUUCUGAGUGCUGUCCGAACACCAGUUGGAGUCGUAUGUGCAAGGUCAACCUGUGAGAAGUACAUGAGAGCCUGACAAUUAUUCUUAGUUCAAUGGAGCUCUGUCUUCGGUUUCCGCGCCGAAGCUCGGCUCUUACGCGAUCAAGGAAGCUAUAGCCCGUUCGUCCAUCCCCGCCGAGCACAUUAGCGACGUCUACAUGGGUCAAGUCUUGCAAGGAGGUGUCGGUCAGGCACCAGCAAGACAAGCCGCCAUCUUCGCCGGUCUCGAUUCCUCGGUAGAAGCAACCACCAUCAACAAAGUAUGCGCUUCGGGUAUGAAGGCCGUUUCAAUAGCCGCCAUGAAGAUUCAGCUCGGCAUGGCCGAAGCACAAGUCGCAGGAGGAAUGGAGAACAUGAGCCAAGUACCAUACUAUCUGCCUCGAUCAUCUCAACUUCCUCCCUUCGGCAACAUCAAGCUUGACGACGGAUUGAUCAAGGAUGGUCUGUGGGAUGUCUACAACCAAAUCCACAUGGGCAACUGUGCCGAGAAGACGGCCAAGGACCACGGUGUUACUCGUGAAGAGCAGGACAACUACGCCAUCCAGAGCUACAAGCGUGCACAAGAAGCCUACAAGCAGGGACACUUCAAGGAAGAGAUUGUGCCAGUGACCAUCAAGGGCAAGAAGGGCGACACAGUCGUCUCGGAAGACGAGGGAGUGUACAGACUCAAGCUGGAAAAGGUGCCCACUCUCAAGCCAGCCUUCGACAAGUCUGGCUCGGGCACAGUGACAGCGGCCAACAGCUCGGGAUUGUCGGACGGAGCCUCGGCACUUGUUCUUGCCAACAGGGAGUUGGCCAAGAAGUACGGCAAGGGCAACAAGCUGCUUGCACGUAUUGUGGCAACAGCAGACGCGGCAGUCGACCCCAUCGACUUCCCCAUCGCACCUUCCAAGGUUGUUCCCAUUGUGCUCGAGAGAGCAGGCAUCACCAAGGAGCAGGUCAAGGUGUGGGAGUUCAACGAGGCCUUUGCAGCAGUGAUCGAGGCAAACGCCAAGGUACGUUCAAAAAUGGAAAUGCGGUGUCUGAAGAUUUACUUACACGGAGUGCCAGAUCCUCGGCCUUGGUAUGGAUAACGUCAACCCCAGAGGCGGAGCAAUUUCUCUCGGUCACGCAUUGGGCAGCUCGGGCUCCAGAAUCUUGGUGACGCUAUUGCAUCAACUGAAGAAGGGCGAGUAUGGAU